UCAAAAUGUCUUUAAAAAUAAACGAAGAUUUUUAUACUGGACUCACUGAACCUGGAGAUAAAAAAUACAUUUUGUACAAAACAAAAAUUGAGUCAGCGGUUGAGGCCAAUUACAAAAAUGUGGAUGGCUUUGUGAAAGGCACAGUAAAAGUCACUGGCUUCAGACCCGGUAGCAUUAUAGCAGACUACACAAUUGGUGUAGCAACAGCCAGUAGCCCCAGUAUUGAUGCAUUCGUAGCAGUGAACCAACAGGUUGCAACCACUCUCCGAACUGGAGAUCCUUCAUUCAAUAUACCUGCAGAUGCUUUUUCUCAAAGUGAAGAAAAGAAACUUUCCAGUGCAGAUUGGUAUCCUCAGCAAGAUAUGGAGCUGCAAUGUACACGUCCACCUUCUUUUGAUGGUCCAAUGAGUUGGACAGUGAAUGACAAACCUACAACCGACACCACUAAAUACAUCUUGUCAAACAACAAUAGCAUUCUCACUGUGAGAAACAUCAAUAAAUUUGACAAAGGUAGAUACGCAUGUAUCAUAGCUAGGGCAGUACCAUACAUUCAGUGGCAAGAUAUAAGUAUUAAACCAACUCCAGUUAUCGACGUGGGUGCAAAUGUACGAAAUUUUGGGUGUGUAAACCAGAAUAUUAAUCUGACAUGCUGUGAACAAAGCAACAACCCUGUGGACUGGACAACAAAAGCCCCUGAUGACGUCGUAACAACUUCAGUGGAUGGAUGCGCCACAUUAAUCCAUGCAAUCAAAACUGGAGAAUGUGGAGAUAUAGACUUUAAAUGCAGCCUCAAGGAUCCAGCACUACAAAAAUUCAACUAUGGCAGUAAAAGUGUCACAGUUAAAUUGAAAACAGGAGAAUUAAUGUGUAAAAAUGUAACACUUGGAGAUGGAGCAAAUGGUGACAUUACAGAAGGACCAUGUUAUCCUGGCAUGGAAGGCACCAUAACUUAUAAAUGUCAAAAUAGUAAGUGGGAGGUGGAGACAGAUAAAAACUGUGUGCUGAAAGUAUUUAAGGACCUUGAAAAGAAAUCGGAGGCCUUACAACCACAGGACAUACCAGAUGUUGUAUCCCAGCUCAGUGUUGCUACAGUGAACAAUAAUCAAGUGAUAACCCAGUCGCCUGUGACAGUGCAGACAAUUGUUAACAUACUUACACAUGUUGCUACUCAGUCACAAACGGUUGUCAUCAGUGAGCCUAUAAUGAAGAAUUUUCUUACAACAGUGAAUGUUCUCGUUUCAGAAGAAUCCAUUAAUUCAUGGCAAAACCUGACCAGUAACGACACAAGCGCAACACUUUUGAGCGCUGUAGAACAAAUAAGUAGUCGUCUCACAGAAGGCAAUUUUACAAUUAGUGAAACAGUUGUUGAGUUGAAUAGAACUGUUAUAACUUCUGAAUACAUUGGGACAUCAAGCGUGCCAAACUCAACUACUCAGAUUCUGAUACCGCAGGUUUUAAAUCCAACCUCCUUAACAGUGAUAGUCUUCUCAACACUUAAACGUAUCUUACCUGCUCGUAAUACUACUACUAAUAAUUCUGUUACUACUAAUAAUAAUAGCAGUGGGCAUUCAGAUUUGAGAAUUGUUGGAGAUGUGGUUGUUGUUAAGGUUAAUGAAACAGUUAACAACAUUUCGUUUGCUCAUGGCCUUAAUAAUGAGACUCUGGGAAUUCCUCAGUGUGUCUUUUGGAACUUCAAUCUCAGCGCAUGGGAUUCCUAUGGAUGUGAAGCAAAGCCCUACAUAAGUAAUGGGAACGAAACAGACAUAAUCACUUGUGAAUGCAACCACACAACCUCUUUUUCAAUGCUAAUGUCACCAUUUUCCAUUGACAAUAUAGUCCUAGACUAUAUAACUUAUAUUGGUGUAGCUGUUUCAAUGGCCAGCUUGAUUUUGUGCAUCAUUAUUGAAGCUAUCGUAUGGAGGUCAACAACAAGAAAUGACACCUCCUACAUGCGACAUGUCUCCAUAAUCAACAUUGCCAUCUCCCUGCUGAUUGCAGACGUCUGUUUUAUUAUUGGAGCUGCAAUCUCAAAGGAGCAGCCAACCCCUGCGGAUCGCUGCAGUUCAGUAGUUUUCUUCAUGCACUUUUUUUACCUGGUUCUUUUCUUCUGGAUGUUAAUUUCAGCGCUGUUGCUCUUAUACCGUACGGUCAUGGUCUUGUCCCAUAUGUCAAGAGUCAAAAUGAUGAUCAUUGCCUUUUCAGUCAGCUAUGGUGCACCUUUGCUCAUAUCGGUCAUUACGGUUGCAUCGACAGCUGGACCUCAGGUUUACGUUUCCAAACAAGCAUGCUGGCUGAACUGGACUGAAUCUAAGGCUCUGCUGGCAUUUGUGAUUCCAGCUCUCACUAUUGUAGCCAUAAACCUUGUGGUUUUGAUAGUGGUUCUGUUCAAGCUGUUGAGAAGAGGAGUUGGUGACGCAACUCAACCAGAUGAGAAACAUACCCUGAUGGUCAUUGUCAGAUGUGUGGCCUUUUUGACUCCCAUCUUCGGUCUGACUUGGGGAUUUGGAAUUGGAACCAUGGUGUCACGUGAAUUAGGCGUUCAUGUGGUGUUUGCACUUCUCAAUUCACUGCAGGGAUUCUUUAUUUUGGUGUUUGGAGUGCUUUUGGACAGCAAGGUUCGUGAGGCACUGGCAGGAACGUUUUCACUAAGGAACUUUACCAGCUCUAACCGUACCAGGAGUACCAGUGCAGGACCAUCAUCUUCAAGUGGACUGGGUUUCUUUCAAAGGAGGAGGAGGAGAAGACAUAUGUACAAUGUAUCUGAAGCCAGUGCCCUCUCAGGACCUGCGUCUCCUAACAGUUACAGCUCAGAUCCUAUGAAUGCGUAAUCAGCUACUGCAUUAUCUAAAGUCUACUUUAUCAAUCUUUAACCAGCCAUUUACAAAAACAAAAAAAAAUCUACAAUGCAAGUAUAUGUAAACUGCACUGUCUGUUAUUUUGGGAAGAGGUGUAUUUGUGUUUUCAUAUAUUAAUGAAAAUGGCUUACAAUCAACAGGUCUAAUAUUAAGUUAAGGAUACAUUUUAUUAUAAUGCUGCAGCUGGAAAGAUUAAAGUUAAAAAUAUAUGGUCACACUUUAUUUUGAGGUACAGUUCUCACUUUUAAUAUACCAUUGAUUAUGACUUUUGCCUCAAUAAACUCCUAAUUUGUUUUUUAUUUAAAGUAAUUAAGGUAUUAAUUGGUUUAGGUAUUAAGAUCAUGCAAACCAUAUGUUUUAUAAGUACAAAUAAACAGCCAAAAUGUUAAUAAUUGGCAGGUAAGAAGCCACCAGUAAAUAGUGAGAAUUACCUAAAGUGUUUCCAAAAAGCUAUAUCAAUAAUAGGGGUUGAGGGAAAUUGCUUUAUAUGUGGUUUUCUGUGGGAAAAAUAUUCUAAGUCAUUCAUUUUGUUGUCCAGUUGGUGUUGUUACAUUGUCAAGCUGUUUUGUUAUUUGUUGUUUUGAAACACUUGGGCUACUUUUUUCGUGAUUUGGCAUGUCAAAUUCAUCAACUUUAGCAUCUGAUUAUAUUGUCUUAUCUGCCCUUUUUAACUAAGGUUUACCCACUUCAUAAUUUUUCCCCUCCCCCUUUAUUAGAAUAAGUUUUUUAAAAUGUCAUGGGAAUACUUUAAGAUAGAGACAAGUGCAUUAAAAAGUAAUGCUAUAGUUUUUAGAGGUACUUGAUGAAGAAAAUGUCUUGUUGCUUUAAUUGACCCCUUCACAGAUUCACAAGUGUCCUCUGUUAGAAAUACACUGGCUGCAUCUAAAAGGGAAAACCAGGCUGUUCUUUUGGGAAUUACUUUGUGACUACUAAAAUGCAUGUCUGUAUUAAUGUGUGAAAUAUGAAUGACAUAUGGACAUACUACAUUUGUCAUGGUCUUAUUGACAUUGAUCUAACAGCGUCAGUUUUAUCACUUCACUUCCAUUAUAAAUCCAGUCCUGUGGCCUCAUGAGAGAGUAAAGUUUCCAUCAUGUGCACUGUUUUUUGUCUUUCUGUGAAUUCAAACAUACUUUUAUGAUGUCCUGCUGUCAACUAUAUAAUAAAUACUGUAUGGUA